AUGCGACGAGUGCGCGAGUGCACCGAGAAUACGCAGCGCACCUAUGACAUCCUCCAUUCGGAGCUGCAGCGCUGCCAGGCACUGCGCAGCCAGAACCUCAAGACGUUCAUCGAGCAGCUGCGCGUCGAGAUAAGCAAGUGGUGGGAUCUAACGCUCAAGAGCCAGCAGGAGCGCAAGCGUUUCUCCAACUACUACAAUAAGUAUUACAACGAAGACCUGUUGGAGCUGCACGAGCUGGAGCUGGAUGAUCUGAAGAGCUUCUACACGUGCAACAAGGAGAUUUUCGAUCUGUACGAGAGCCGUGCAGAACUUUGCUCCCGCUUGCAGACUCUAGAGGCAAAGGCCAACGAGCCGAAUCGUUUCAACAAUCGUGGCGGCCAGUUCCUUAAAGAGGAAAAGGAACGCAAGGCCAUCACCUCGAAGCUGCCCAAGAUUGAGCAGCAGAUCACUGAACUGGUGCACGCCUAUGAGGUGCAAUCGCAUGGCCCGUUUCUGGCUUAUGGCGAGAACAUACUGGAGCUGAUGGCUGGCGAAUGGGAGAACUAUCGGCAGGCCAAGCAGAGCUCGGCCCGCAAGAAGGCCCCGCCCACCACGAGGACGGGCAGCAGCAGCAAAUUGAUGAUGCCACCGCCGACUGCCGGUUCAACGGCCCCUCGCACGCCCCGAAUUUUGAAGAACAUGUCCUCAAUGUCGACCUCGACAAUGUCGUUGCGCAAGACCCCAACAAUCCAGCUGAUCACUCCCAAUAUGACCAAGAGCACUGGGAAUCUGCACAAGCGACUGAAUCCAUCAGCAGCCGCCAGCUCUUCGGGGUAUCGGACUCCCAACGCCAAGCGCAGCCUCAUGAGCUCUCUGAAUUCGAUACGCCAGUCGCCGUCUACCGCACAGCGGCUGGCCCACAGCCAGCUGAAGGCGUCCAAGUCGCCACUAAAGCGGGUCCGCGUCCUGGACAACACAUUGCGUCGCAGCGGGGGAUUGGGCAGACGCAGCAUUGGCACACGCUCGAACAAGAAGGCACGCACAAAAUCAGCGGUGCCGGAUACAAGAUCGCCCAGGGAUUCCCAGUAUAUGACCGAUGAGACCACUGAAAAUGACCGCAAAGCCGGGAUCUCCUAUGAAGAAUUGGUGCCCACGAGUCGCUCCUCAGUGCUGCCCGUCGGCGGGGCUCAGCAUCAGCGCAAUCGCGUGGCUGUGCCACGAAUUCGCCAUGUCCUCGUAAACCACAAUUCGGUGGCGUCGGCCGCCAACACACCGUCAAAGCAGGCGGUCAAUCAGGAGGAGAGGCCUCGAUUUGGCAAUCAAUUGAAGCUCCCAUCGCCACGUGAAAGUCGCAUGUGGCCGAAUCCAUUGGGUCAGAUUUCAUUCCCGGACCAGGGAUGA